AUGCGAGAGGUCGCCGUCGCCAACCACGUUCCUGAGGACUCGGCGGUGCUCAGCCCAUGCAGGGUACACUGCAACUCCCGAUACUCCCGCGUUUGCCGACCUGCUUGCUACCAAGUACCACCACACAACACCCCGCCCCCAGCCGACCUGCUUGCUACCAAGUACCACCACACAACACCCCGCCCCCAGCCGACCUGCUUGCUACCAAGUACCACCACACAACACCCCGCCCCCAGCCGACCUGCUUGCUACCAAGUACCACCACACAACACCCCGCCCCCAGCCGACCUGCUUGCUACCAAGUACCACCACACAACACCCCGCCCCCAGCCGACCUGCUUGCUACCAAGUACCACCACACAACACCCCGCCCCCAGCCGACCUGCUUGCUACCAAGCACCACCACACAACACCCCGCCCCCAGCCGACCUGCUUGCUACCAAGUACCACCACACAACACCCCGCCCCCAGCCGACCUGCUUGCUACCAAGUACCACCACACAACACCCCGCCCCCAGCCGACCUGCUUGCUACCAAGUACCACCACACAACACCCCGCCCCCAGCCGACCUGCUUGCUACCAAGCACCACCACACAACACCCCGCCCCCAGCCGACCUGCUUGCUACCAAGUACCACCACACAACACCCCGCCCCCAGCCGACCUGCUUGCUACCAAGUACCACCACACAACACCCCGCCCCCAGCCGACCUGCUUGCUACCAAGUACCACCACACAACACCCCGCCCCCAGCCGACCUGCUUGCUACCAAGUACCACCACACAACACCCCGCCCCCAGCCGACCUGCUUGCUACCAAGUACCACCACACAACACCCCGCCCCCAGCCGACCUGCUUGCUACCAAGUACCACCACACAACACCCCGCCCCCAGCCGACCUGCUUGCUACCAAGCACCACCACACAACACCCCGCCCCCAUCCGACCUGCUUGCUACCAAGUACCACCACACAACACCCCGCCCCCAGCCGACCUGCUUGCUACCAAGUACCACCACACAACACCCCGCCCCCAGCCGACCUGCUUGCUACCAAGUACCACCACACAACACCCCGCCCCCAGCCGACCUGCUUGCUACCAAGUACCACCACACAACACCCCGCCCCCAGCCGACCUGCUUGCUACCAAGUACCACCACACAACACCCCGCCCCCAGCCGACCUGCUUGCUACCAAGUACCACCACACAACACCCCGCCCCCAGCCGACCUGCUUGCUACCAAGUACCACCACACAACACCCCGCCCCCAGCCGACCUGCUUGCUACCAAGUACCACCACACAACACCCCGCCCCCAGCCGACCUGCUUGCUACCAAGUACCACCACACAACACCCCGCCCCCAGCCGACCUGCUUGCUACCAAGUACCACCACACAACACCCCGCCCCCAGCCGACCUGCUUGCUACCAAGUACCACCACACAACACCCCGCCCCCAGCCGACCUGCUUGCUACCAAGUACCACCACACAACACCCCGCCCCCAGCCGACCUGCUUGCUACCAAGCACCACCACACAACACCCCGCCCCCAGCCGACCUGCUUGCUACCAAGUACCACCACACAACACCCCGCCCCCAGCCGACCUGCUUGCUACCAAGUACCACCACACAACACCCCGCCCCCAGCCGACCUGCUUGCUACCAAGUACCACCACACAACACCCCGCCCCCAGCCGACCUGCUUGCUACCAAGCACCACCACACAACACCCCGCCCCCAGCCGACCUGCUUGCUACCAAGUACCACCACACAACACCCCGCCCCCAGCCGACCUGCUUGCUACCAAGUACCACCACACAACACCCCGCCCCCAGCCGACCUGCUUGCUACCAAGUACCACCACACAACACCCCGCCCCCAGCCGACCUGCUUGCUACCAAGUACCACCACACAACACCCCGCCCCCAGCCGACCUGCUUGCUACCAAGUACCACCACACAACACCCCGCCCCCAGCCGACCUGCUUGCUACCAAGUACCACCACACAACACCCCGCCCCCAGCCGACCUGCUUGCUACCAAGUACCACCACACAACACCCCGCCCCCAGCCGACCUGCUUGCUACCAAGCACCACCACACAACACCCCGCCCCCAGCCGACCUGCUUGCUACCAAGUACCACCACACAACCACUUUCAAAAAGUUGUCUUUGAGAACGUAUCACUUUGCUUGCACUCUCAGUGAAAAGAAAAACUAUCAUUGUACAAGACUGUCGUAUAGUUUCGUAUGCACUGAACAUGCUGCAAGGUGGCCACCGCUCUGUACUUAG